AUGUCGACAUUUCUUUUGCUGAUGCGGGAAUCUUCCGUGGCCGCGGCUGCUAAUGCCGCGGCGGUAGAGGAGAUGGAUCAGAAGCUCAAGCUUUCCAAUAAAGAGCUUGACCUUGUCAACAAACGGCUUGAUGAGGCGCAAGUUGCCGCCGCUAAGGUCGAGGGCUUGAGGGAGGCCCUGAAGAAAGCCGAGGCUGAGGCGGCCACGAAAAAUACGGCCGCUGAGAAGGUGGUGGCCGAGCUUGAGAAGGCCAAGCUUGCUGCUGAGCAGCAUGAGGCUCGAGUGACCGAAGUCCAGGUGGAGCUCCAGGAGGCCGCCGAGAAGCUGGAGGCCCUUGAGAAGGGGCAGGAGGAGCAACCCUCCCGGCUAUCCAAGGCGGAGAAGGAGCUCCAGGAGGCGAGGACUGACGUGCAGGGUGUCUGGGAGGAGCUCCGCCAAGUCGCGCAAAUUGCAAAUGGUGUCUUCGCCGAACUUCCAAAGAAUGUGGCGGCCGCAGCGAGGCACUAUGCCACCCUCGAGGAGGACUCCACGGAGCGGCUCUUCUGGUCAUAG